AUUUAAUAAUUCGAGUAUUCCGGUAACCUCUUAAAAAUCGGGGAUAUUUCGAGAGUGGUGGACCAUCAGCUGUCAAAGCGGAAAAUCUACUUCGGUAUCCUUGGUGACGGCCUAGCAACGGGUACAACAACAUAGCAACUUUAGAGGGCGAAGGGAUCAUUCGGGAGGAAGCUGCCAUGGCGACUGCAGCACGAUUUGCAGCUGGGGGCGACAGUAGCCCGCCCACGCCCGCUCCUGCGACCACGCCCCCUACUCAGCCUCCCCAGCCGACUCAGCUUAUCGUCCUGCCGGCCAGUUUACAUCAGAGUGCGACCGCAGGAACGUUGGUAAACGGAGUGCCAGUGAUCGCCCUAGAACAGACUGGAGAAUCCAGCAACGAAAGCACAGGGGCUGGAGACCAGGAUACUGAACCCCAGGAGGAUCCCAUCGCCACCACACCGCCGCAUUUUAUAACAGUAACUGUGGCCGAGGGCGACGCUGUGGCUUCACACCAAAGUUAUCACAUCCAAUAUGUCGAACAGGAGAUCUACUCCUCGCAGAACAACGGCGGACAACCACAGAUGGCAUAUCCCGUAUACACCGUGGGCGACUCCACAACCUUAUACCCCAUAACAAAUGCCGGUCAGUCACAGAGCCAAUAUUACGCCACAACACCGGCAUCAAACUCUACCAGCUCCACCACUGGUGCUGUAGCUGGCGCCACCGUCGGCUACUCAGCAGCUGGACAGUAUGUGGUGCAGCACACCGUAGACCCAGAAUCUUUGAUACCCACUACGAGAAUCGCGCCGCAGGCGGCCAAUGCCGUAAGUAACCUUCUGUAUAUUAAUGAGUAUGGCGGUACUAAUGUGGCUACUGUGCAACCGGCGCAAAUGGUUGCGGUUUCCAGUAACGGGGAUGACGUCGGAUCUACGUUAGGGCACGCUACAAGGGUCUCCCCUGCUACUGUGCAAUGGCUUCUGGAAAACUACGAAACAGCCGAAGGUGUGUCUCUACCUCGCUCUACCUUGUACGCCCAUUACCUGAGACACUGUUCCGAACAUAAGUUGGAGCCUGUAAAUGCUGCCUCGUUUGGAAAGUUGAUUAGAUCGGUCUUUUUGGGACUUAGGACUAGACGGUUGGGAACUAGGGGCAAUUCGAAAUAUCACUAUUACGGUAUCAGGGUGAAACCCGGCUCUUCUUUGGUAAAUAUUGAGGACUCCUCCAGUCGGGUUAUUUUAACUUCCAACAAUAAUACCGGAAAAGCACAGGGAACUGUCCGACCGUUUAAGCGGAACAGCGAUAGUUCGGAUAGCUCCAGCUGUAACGGAACACUUUUGCAACACGCCGCUUAUUUGGGGGACGGAAGUAAUGCCAUUCCCACGUUUCCGGAUAUUCAAUUUUCGGAGCCAUUACCUGAGGAUUGUGGCUUUGAGGACGUCGAUACUCUUAGGUCAAUUUACCGAGAACAUCUGGAAGCUUUCCUGGAUGCCAUACUCAGUUUGGAGUUUAACACCGUAGAGUCCCUCUGGAGAGAGUUCUGGAGGUCCCAGUAUAACAACAACGGAGACGAAUGCGAAGAGGAAAAAUAUUUGUCAAAGUCAAAACUGUUCAGCCUGUGUUCCUUGGAGCCCCUGCAGCAAUUCAUGAAGCAAGUGGACCUGAUCUUUUACCAAAACCUUAUUCAGGUUCUGGUGCCGGACGUAUUGAAACCCAUACCCGCCACUCUUACACAAUCGAUCCGAAAUUUUGCCAAAAAUUUGGAAAGUUGGUUAACGAGCGCGAUGGCGGGAGCUCCUCCAGCGAUGCUCCAGAUCAAACUGACCGCCGUUUCGGCCUUCAGUUCCAGCCUGAGACGUUACACUUCCUUAAAUCAUCUCGCACAGGCUGCCAGGGCCGUUUUACAUAAUGGCAAUCAAAUCGGACAAAUGUUGGCCGACUUGAAUAGGGUCGAUUUUCAUAGUGUAAGAGAGCAAGCGUCCUGGGUUUGCCAAUGUGACAGCGAUCUAGUUUCCCAAUUCGAGAAUGACUUCAAACUUACUUUGCAGCAACAAAACUCGCUGGAACAGUGGGCCUCUUGGUUGAAGAAUGUGGUGAAAAGUGCCCUGAAACCGUACGAAGGCAGACCGAGUUUUUCUAAAGCGGCCAGACAGUUUUUGUUGAAAUGGAGCUUUUACAGCUCGAUGGUCAUAAGAGAUCUAACUUUAAGAUCGGCUGCCAGUUUUGGGUCGUUUCACUUAAUACGAUUACUUUAUGACGAAUAUAUGUUUUACCUCAUCGAGCAUCAGGUGGCGGAAGCCACCGGAGUCGUUCCUAUAGCAGUUAUAUUGGAAGGAAUUAAGCAGGACGUGAUGCAAAACAGUUUGAGCGUAUACGGCACCAGCGGCGACAACAUUUGCAAUUCCAUGUCUAGUCAAAAAUUGGGCUGCGUAAGCCCAUCCGAUCAUCUGAACAAACGGCACAAGAUCAGCUAGCCCGAGGACCAACCGGAAAUCGAAUAUCAAAUCCUAGUUUCUGAUAAUUCUAGUUUUAGUGUUCACUUAUGAGUCAUAGUUGAGGGCUGGAGAAAUGACCAAAUUUAUUAAGGGACAUUUUUUGGGAAUGGCAUGUGACUUAGUAGUUAAUGGAUAUUGUGUGAAUAUAGUUUAAAUUUGUCACCGGACACUUUUCAAGUUUUUUGGGCAUAAAUUGUUCUUAACCAAAUAGUUUGUUAAAAGAGGAAGCAUAUUCAAGAAAAGUAGACAACUUUUGGAAGUAAAAAGCUGGUUUUUGUAUUUUGAACAACAUAGGCAAAACGGUUUCGCCUCAGAGACCAUUUUCAGUGAAUAAAUUUGAAAUAAACAAACUUCUAUAUAGUGUAACGUUCUUACUGUUCAUUUAGGUGUGAAUUAAAACACUCGAUGUGCAAAAAUAGUCAACUGACUUAAGACAUUUAUUUACACUGUAUCUAUUUCGAUUUAAAAAUUGCACCAGAAUUGAAUUGUCGUCCUAGCGGCGAAGACUCCUUGUUCAGAGUGGUCGGUAAUGAAAAACUCGUGAAAAUAUCGAUGUUAAGCCAAAUAUGCCUUAGUAAAAUGUCGCUAAUAAUUAAAAUAUCUCUAUAGCUCAAGUUGUUUUUUACAUAUCGACAAAUAAAUAAAAAACGGGGUAAAGAUAAAAACGGGGGAUCGGAGGUUUUUGGGGAUGAGUAAUAUGAUUUUUUUUAAAAAGCGCUAGUUACACCAUCUUUGCCCGCUGUUUCAUGCCAUGACUUUCUUACUAGUACCGUUUUUAUUAUUUUUUUAUUAAAGUAACUGAUAGAAUGAUGAUUUUGAAGUAAAAAAGGAAAGUACAUUUAUUUUGUUGAAACAAAGCAUUUUCGAAAUAUUUGUAUAUAAAUAUUCUGUUGCACAGUUAAAAAAUAGUUUAACACUAAAUUGAGAUAUUAUUAAUAACGAAUAAACUAAUGGAAAACACAAACAAAUGCGGAACCACCAUUCACCAGUCAUUUUCCUAAUCCUUUCUUAUAAAAUUGGUAGAAUCAUGAAUUUUUUGCAAUAGUCGCGUUUGUGUACAGAUUUCUACUGUGUAAACUAAAGACUUCAUAUAACCCCAAAAGAAAAAAGCCAAAGGAUUAAGAUCUGGCCUACGCGGAGGCCAAGGAAAUUCACUGCCACGACCAAACCAUCAGUGAAGCAACCAUUCAUCUAAAAAACUGCAACUGAAUUAUGCGGUAGAGCUUCAGCGUGCAUACACCACAUGUUUUGUUGUACAUUUUAAGAAACAUCGUCGAUUCGAAAAUUGAAUUUUAACACUCUGUAUCUUAUUUAUGAGCGACAUUUUACUGAGUCAUAUUUUCACGAGUUUAACCUAGAAUUGCUUUUUGGCGCAUUCACUACCGACUACCCUGUUUAUUAGGUAGACUACUGUUCCGCUAACUUUUUACGUGUGUCGUAUAUUCAUACACUUAUUCGUCACUAUCACAUCAUACAUCAUUAACACUAAACAUUGCUCAAAACAGUUUAGAAUUAGAGGUUUUUGGGUUUGAUUUAAAUAGGAAUUUUGUUUCUUUAACAACGAAGAAUGUCCAUUAAAAAAUAGUAUUGAAGAUGGUGUUAAGACUGAAACCCCUUUGCCUGCUUAAAUAAAAUAAUUUUACUAUCAAAAGUCAGCCUCUCAUUUCCGAAUAGUUUACUCGCGCUUUCUGUAUUGUUUUUGUUAAUCCACGGUUCGUUCACAUUAUAAUGAUUUGUUACCCGUUUGUUAUAAAUAUUUAA